AUGAAUCAGCACCUUCUCACCAUCACCAUUGACCUCUUACUAUCCAUACCACCACACCUAUCAUCGUUCAGUCCUCUCAAACUGGACAUCUCAUCUACCAUCACCACUCUCGUCCAAUUCCUUGCAUUCUUUGCCAUCAUCCAAUAUCUUCAGACUGAGCUUGUCAGCGACAUUGUUUACCUUCACCGUGUCUACAUCCCAACAGCACUCAGAAGAGUGGGUGUCAGAAGUGGACCGCAGAGACCAAAGAAAAUUCCUCGCAGCCCUCAACAAGCCACUCCCCGUCCUCCCCGUCCCUACCGAAGUCCGUACCCCAGACAUGGAAGGAUCGGUAGAACAGAUCACUGA